GCCAACCAAUCCGCGUUACGUAAACAUUGUCCUUGAGUAAUAAUGUAGGGAGAAUUUGGGUCAGCAAAAGGGCCCGAUUGUUUUACUGUAAUUGUGGGAACUUUGCUCAUUUAUCUGGCGCAAAAAUGUCUGUGAAACACGCUCUCAGUCGGGGUCUGGAGCUGGGGAGGUCCGUCUUCCAGCUGGGUCUCUUCAAACCAGCCGCCCGUGUAGCAGCGAAGUUCCGCGGUGAGCGGCUGCGUCUGUCCCCACCGACACGCACCGUCCAGCCGCAGUGCUUCCUGCCCGCCCGGUACCGCUUCUACCGGCUGUCUGUCAGCGGGCUUGCGGCUCGGCUCCAGUCGGGUGGUUUCAGGAGACUGGUCGGGGGCGGGUCACCCAGAAACAGGACUGUUUUUCUGGCGUUUGGUGUUGGUUUAGGACUCAUUGAACAACAGCUGGAGGAGGACAAGAGAAGCGCGGCGCUGUGUCAGGAAAUACAGACUGUCUUCAGAAAGAAAAAGUUCCAGAGCCCUCGGAAGCCCUUCACAUCAGGUUACAGGUUGGAAGACUAUGUCAUUGGGAAGCAGAUCGGGAAAGGUUGCAAUGCAGCCGUGUAUGAAGCGGCGGCUCCGUUUGCUCCUCCAGCAGAGAAUGAAAAGUUUUCACUGGAUCAACUGGAUCAGAAUGAUACAGAAGAGAAGAAGAAUCCAGGAACACUUAGAUUCUCCACUACAUCCAGCUUCCCUUUCGCGAUGAAAAUGAUGUGGAACAUUGGGGCUGGAUCAUCUAGUGACGCUAUCCUUCGAUCCAUGUCCAUGGAGUUGGUCCCGUCAUGCCCGCAGGCCUUACCGAAAGAGCAGGGUGUGAUUGCUUUAGAUGGCCAUUUUGGACCAGUGCCUAAGAGACUGACUGCUCAUCCCAACGUGAUCACGGUGUAUCGGGCCUUCACUGCUGAUGUACCCCUGCUGCCCGGCGCUCAGGAGGAAUAUCCCGACGUCCUGCCACCCAGACUCAAUCCCAUGGGUUUGGGCAGCAAUCGUACACUGUUUCUAGUCAUGAAGAAUUACCCAUGCACCCUGCGGCAGCACCUGGAAGUUUGUGUGCCAACUCGGAUGCAGGCUUCUCUCAUGUUACUCCAACUACUGGAGGGUGUGGACCACCUGUGCAGACAAGGCAUCGCUCAUCGAGACCUCAAAUCAGACAAUAUUCUACUGGAAUUUGAUUGCACUGGGUGUCCCAGACUGGUGAUCACAGACUUUGGAUGCUGUCUGGCAGAAGACUUUGGUCAUAAACUGCCCUUCAACAGCCGGCAUGUUAACAGAGGAGGAAAUGGCUGUCUGAUGGCACCUGAGGUGGCCACAGCAGUUCCAGGUCCAGGAAUAACAAUCGAUUACAGUAAAGCAGAUGCCUGGGCCGUAGGGACAAUUGCUUAUGAGCUCUUUGGUCAGCCGAACCCCUUCUACGGCACACAGGGCCUGGAGAGUCGCAGUUAUCAGGAAAGACAUCUGCCCCCUCUGCCUGCUACUGUACCGGCUGAUGUACAGCUGGUGGUGAAAUUACUGCUACGCAGAAAUAAUCAAAAGCGUCCCAGUGCACGCGUGGCCGCUAACAUGCUUCACAUCAGCCUGUGGGGUCAGCGUGUCUUGGCCAGCUUGGACCGAGCCAGAAUGGAUAAACUGUUGGACUGGUUGCUGUGUCAGUCUGCUGUGGUUCUCCUGAACGUUCGCGGGCCGAGCAGGAGCUCUGUGCAAGCUCAACUUCAGAGGUCUUUCCUCUCUAACAUAGACCUUGAGGACCUGCGUGCUGCAGUCAGAUUCAUUAUGUACGGACAAGAACACUGGCAGUCUGUUAAUGCACUAUACUGAUCCAGAAUGCAUUUGUUCACUUUACUCUAGAAAGCUUUUCUCUCUAGAAACUAUGGAAGCACUUUAGUUAUAAUGUCUGUCACUGUAAAUGUUGAAAUAGUGGCAAGAUAUAUGUUUGCCUUUACAUAAUAACGAUGCUGUGGAAUUAUACAAAGUAAAAGCAGUAAUGUACAUCGUUUAAUUUUUCAUUAUAAUCUAUAAAGGUGGGCUACAAGACAAAUAAUUUAAAAAAUGUACACCGCUUUGACAUCAUGUACAGUAUAUUUAGCAUGUGCUAAUAAAAACAUUUGAUGAUUGGUUUGUUU